AAAAACAUAAACAACACAAGAAGCAGCAGCAAAGCGUGAGUGGGGACUGGGGAAUGGGGAUGUUAAUGGAAGAUGCAGCAGCAGCUAGUAGGAGUUGAGUUAUUACAAGACAUUUAACUCAGUUGUCAAGUACAAAAACAAAAACCAAAGAACAUAGAAUGGAUAACAAUGUAACACCCAUAGUGAACGAGAAUUGUUUCUCAGCUCCAAACCCUUCCUCGUACACCUUGUCUGAGAUUUGGCCCCCUUCUUCUUCUUCUUCACUUCCAAACCCUAGUAACCAUAAUAAUAAUCUCGCAGCCCAAUUGGCUGCUGACGUCACCACCACUUCUAAUGACGACAAGUCCUCUCUUACACAUCAUAGCCGUGGCAACAACAAGCGCCUUAAGGACAGAACUGAGAAAGAUUCAAAUAGUAAGCGAUCGAAAGUGGUAGAAUCUGAGCAGGAAAAUUGUGGUACGAGGACUCAAGUGGAAGCAAGUUCGGAUUCAGGCACCAAGCCAACUGAGCCAGUUAAAGACUAUAUCCACGUGAGAGCGAGGAGGGGUCAAGCUACUGAUAGCCAUAGUUUGGCCGAAAGAGCGAGGAGAGAGAAAAUCAGUGAGAGGAUGAAGAUUCUGCAAGAUUUGGUCCCUGGAUGUAACAAGGUUAUUGGAAAAGCACUCGUGCUUGAUGAGAUAAUUAAUUACAUUCAGUCACUGCAGCAUCAAGUUGAGUUCCUUUCUAUGAAGCUUGAAGCAGUAAAUUCAAGAAUAGAGCCAACAAUUGAAGGAUUUCCUCUAAAAAAUCUUGGAACUCCUACACUGGAUGAGACUGGAUUGAUAUUUGCGUCGCAAACGCCAAGAGAAUAUGCUCAUGGAUCACAGCGUGAUUGGCUGCAUAUGCAGGUUGGUGGUAGCAUUGAGAAGCAACAUAAGAUCUAGUGCCUUUGACCAUUUGUAGUUGGGCGCGUCUAGUGGCAUAAUUACCUAAUCCUCCAGCACCAUCCUAUAUCAGUGGGAAGUAUCUGUUGCGGAGCUUUGUUUACUAGAUCCUCCUCUCAACCCCAAUUAUAUAUGUAGUUGUAAUACUGCACUUUAGCUCAAAAGACACUGUAUUUAUGGUAGUAUUAGCAUGCACCAUCUAAUAGGUAUGUAAGCUUGCAGCAGGAUAAAUUUGUGGCUUCAUGUAGUUGUAUGUGUUCCAUCUGAUUGUAGCAAGAGAUGUAAUUCACUCCUUUGUACCAGUCCAGCCCAUUUCUUAUCUUUGAUCAAUGAGUUUUAUGUAUAA